AUGAACCGAACAGGCCUAAAACUAAAUCAACUGCCGGCUGAAUUGCUUCAUCAGAUCUUUCGAGAUGUUGAAUACCAAGAUCGGAAGAGCCUUCGCUUAGUUUGCAAGAUGUUUGCAAGUGCGUGUGCUAAAUACAUGACUCGCUCCUGCACAUUAAGCACAACGCAUGACUCCUUGAGGAAAUUGAAGCACAUGGCAACACAUCCCAUCUUUUCUGCUUACAUCGAAGUCCUUGCGCUUGAUUGCUCCCUCCUGGUCCAUAUCCCAGAUCAAUGCCACUUCCAUUCGCAGCUACGUUUCUUGAAUGAAUCAGUGGAACAAUCGUGCCGCCAAUUCUCAAUUUAUCGGCCGCUAUUGGAAGCACAAGAUGAGAUAAUUUUGUCGGCAGAGGAUGUCCACACUUUCGAGCUUGCCAUCCCAAGGUUUCCAAGGCUGACAACACUCCGAAUUUAUAUGGGAUGUUUCGAAAACGGUGGGCGGCGAAUGAAAGCAGACGUUGCAGGAAGCUUUCGGAAUGUACCCCACUAUGCCAUCCGCCAGUCUUCCGCCUGCUCUGUCCGUCAGUUCAUGUCACUGAUGAGUGUUUUAUCCCGACAAAGGGUUCGGCUUUCGGUACUAGAAGUUGGGCCAUUAACUUACUCCGUGUUCGAAGAGGACCUGGAGCCGGUUCAAGAAGUUUUUUCAUCCCUGAAAAAACUAGUUUUCUACCUCUCCGCAAUAAAGGACACGCCAUGGCGUCCCAAAGCACAAGCCAGUUUGUUUGGUUCUGAGGGAUUUUGUGAUGUAGUCGGCAACGGGAAAGCUAUAAAAUUGCUCUCCAUUGCCUCGCAGCUUACCCAUCUAUCCAUUUCCACUGAAGAUGCUCCUUUCCGCAAGGAGGCAAAUUUUAAAUCAUUUGUUGCCAAUUAUACUUGGCCGCAGCUCAAACGCCUUUCGAUAGGCAAUCUUGUUGCUUCCGAAAAUGACUUAAUUGACUUCCUAAGUCGCCACAGGUUAGAAGAACUAUCGAUUCGCUCCGUUACCCUGCAAGGCUCUUGGAUAACCGCUCUACCAGCAAUGCGGGAAGCUGCCAGCCCCACCCUUGAUCAGGCUAUUGCUUACGAGUGGAUCACAAAUGAGACUGGAGAAAGUUGGUAUUUGGGCCUCCAUCCUGCUAAGUCAAUUGUCGGGCGCAGUGAUGAGACAUCCCUUGGUUUGCACGUCGCCUACUAUCUAUCCAAGGCUCCGAACGGUUAUCCUUGCCCCCUCACUCUGAGUAACACGUCGUAA